AUGUGUAGCGAAUUGCAGCUCGUGCGCUCAGACAUUGCACAGCUAAAAGAUUCUCUUAAAUCGUGUAAUGUCCGCCUUAACGAUAUGGAUACAAGAAUUUGCUAUUUAGAGACAUUAAGUAAGCAAGAACCUAAGGGCACGUCAUAUCUGGACGAAGCCGUUGCAAACUUAAGACAAGAGCUGAACGACCGCGACCAAGAUUUAUUAUCUAACGACAUUGAGGUCGCAAAUUUGCCCGAAUCGAAUGGUGAAAAUUUAAUCCACACGGUUCAAUUAAUUGCCUCAAAAUUAGGUGUAAACAUUGAAGAACGUGACAUUGUGAGCGCGCAUCGUAUCGGCGGAAGGCACAUCAAUGCGACAAAUGCUACGGGCCCCACGGAAAACCGAUCCAGGCACGUCGCCGUGCGCUUGACACGCCGUCACCUCCGUGACCAGCUUUUGAGUGGUGCGCGAGUGCGCCGUGGUGCUACCACUGCUGAUCUCGGGAUGAAUGGUACACCACUUAGAUUUUACGUUAAUGAGCGCCUUACUAAAACAAACCGUAUGUUAUUUCGGCAAACACGAAUCGCCGCUCAACGUUUCGGUUGGAAAUUUGUUUGGACGAAACAAGGUCGCACAUUUGCUCGUCGGCAAGUUGGAGACCCAGUCUGCGUGGUUCGCUCCGAAAAAGACAUUAAUCGAAUAUUCGGUGAAGAACCUAAAAAGGUCGAU